AUGUAUGGGUUUGGAAAGAGAAAGAAAAAUUUUAAUAUUCAUUAAAAAUCAAUCUACGUAUAUUUAAAUAGUCUUUUAUCAACGUUGUUAACCGAAGCUUAGCUUUUCAUCCAUUGGGGCUCAUGCGUACUUAAAAAUGUGUGGGGUUUUAUGGUAACGAACGAACAACAUGGAACCUGGAACCUCUUGUGUCUAUGUUUGUUUCUGUGGGAGAUAUUUUUGUGUUGGACAAACGCAGUGGACAAUUAAAUAUGGCUGCAGUUAUUCUUUCUAAAGCUUGUGAUAGCAAUCCCGCCACUCCAGGAACCCAGCCUAUACAGGUUGAAAAUGAAGAAAAUUCCAAUGAUGGAAGCCAGGCACCAAAGCGUCGACGGAUGGGGUCAGGGGAUAGCUCUAGAAGCUGUGACACUUCCAGCCAAGACCAAAGCUCUACAUACUUCCCAGCAGAAAAUCUAAUAGAAUACAAAUGGCCGGCUGAUGACACUGGAGAGUAUUAUAUGCUACAGGAACAAGUCAGUGAAUAUCUGGGAGUGACAUCAUUUAAACGCAAAUAUCCAGAUUUGGAAAGAAGAGAUCUGUCCCAUAAAGAGAAACUAUACCUUCGAGAACUGAAUGUCAUUACAGAAACACAGUGUACAUUGGGGCUAACUGCUGUUCGAAGCGAUGAAGUAAUCGACCUCAUGAUCAAAGAGUACCCGGCUAAACAUGGUGAAUAUUCAGUUAUUCUACAAGAAAGAGAGCGUCAGAGAAUCACAAAAGAGUACUCUCAAAUGCAACAGCAAAACCCACAGAAAGUUGAACCCAGUAAAGUGCCGGAAUAUAUUAAGAAAGCUGCAAAGAAAGCUGCAGAGUUCAACAGUAAUUUUAACAGGGAGCGGAUGGAAGAAAGAAGAGCUUAUUUUGAUCUCCAGACACAUGUUAUCCAGGUGCCACAAGGAAAAUACAAAGUUCUAACCCCAGAAAGAACAAAAGCGGGGCCAUACCCAGUAGCCCUUAUUCCUGGCCAGUUUCAGGAGUAUUAUAAAAGGUACUCUCCCAAUGAGUUACGCUACUUACCUUUAAACACAGCUCUGUAUGAACCUCCAUUGGACCCAGAGCUACCUGCACUGGACAGUGAUGGAGACUCUGAUGAUGCAGAUUAUGAGCGUGGCGAUGAAAAUAGAAAACACAAAGCUUCGAAUGCAUCCUGGAAAAUCAAACAACCACAUCUGCCACAUCAUGCAGUGAUGAAAACACAACUUGAGACACUAAAUAUAACAGAAGAGAGAGACACGCACCAAGACAGCUCUUCUGGUAACACCUCUGAUGGAGACAGCCACCCAGAAAUCCAAGAAGGUACCAUACAAGGAAAGCUGAAGCCAAGAACAGCUAAAGAUGGUUCCAAGCGUUCCUUUCCUCCAAAAUCAGUUCCCGGGUACAAGCCUAAGGUCAUUCCAAAUGCUCUUUGUGGAAUUUGUCUGAAGGGUAAGGAGUCCAACAAGAAAGGAAAGACUGAAGCUCUCAUUCACUGCUCUCAGUGCAGGAACAGCGGUCACCCAUCAUGCUUGGAUAUGACUGUAGAGCUCGUAGCUGUUACUAAGUCUUAUCCCUGGCAGUGCAUGGAGUGUAAGACAUGCAUGAUUUGUCAGCAGCCCCAUCAUGAAGAAGAGAUGAUGUUCUGUGAUGAAUGUGACCGUGGAUAUCAUACCUUUUGUGUGGGACUGAAAGGUAUUCCUACAGGCAAAUGGACUUGUGGAUGUUGUGUUAAUGAUCCAUCUACACGAAGGAAAGGAAUAAGGCAUAAAGAAUGAUGAAGUACCAGUGGUGCAUCAAAUGUCAUCUUGAGGCUGUUAACAAUCCAAGUCCUGAUAUUUUAACUACAAUAUGAUUGUUUGUUCAAUGAUACACAUUUUCUGUACUGUCUGAAGUCUUGCUGAUAUUUUGUAUGCAUUUUUCUGAAGUUUGUAAAGAAAUAAAAAAUUAAUGGAAUACA